CCAUGGGUGCCCCGGGGGACCCACCAAGGGCCAGUCUUGGUUCUGUCAGCCAUGGUCCCGGGCCAGAUUUGGUUGUGUUCUGGAGAUGAGCCGGAGUGGGCUAGCAUUGGCUGAGGACUGUGACUGCUCUGGCUGGGCCCCGGAUUUGUCUCCAAGAAGCAGGUAGUGCUGAGUUGGUAGGGGGCCUAGCUCCGAGAUUAGAGCCCUUACUGGUCAGGUUCCAAGGGACCAGUUUGGGCUCCUGAACUGCCUUGUUUAGGUCCAGUGAGAAAGAAACCUGCUUGUUCCCCUCACCCUUUGAUUCUGCACACUGUGAUGAUAGCCGGAGCGAGCGGUGCCGCUGUUUUAGGGACUUGAACACUUGUUCGAUGGAGCUAUCCUGACUGCUAGAUGGGUCUUGGGGCUUGCCAGACCUCCAGAACCACCCAGAGAAAGCUUAUGAGGAGCCACCGAAGAGCCCCAGGGCACGGGGUGUUCAGAGAGCCUGCAGAAAGGGGUCAUUGGCCUUCUCUGGAGGGAAUCCCAGGGGUUUGACUGGUGUCUAAACCUUAUUUGUUAGCACAAAGCCCACCCUCCUAGUAACUAUUAGUCUUGGCUGCUGAAGAAAUCCCAGAGGCGUUGGCUGUGUUUGGUGUACAGUGACCAGCUGUAAGAUGUUUUUAGAGUGAGAACAAAAAGUAUUAUGGGGUCACAGGACCCAGGCACUGACACACCCCAAGGGGAGUGUCAAGCUGUAACUAUUUGCUACCAAACACCUUGUUUUUAUUAACUAAACAUUCUUGCCAACUGGGCAUAAGCAGAGGGAAAAGGCCUCAGACAUCAGGGAAAUGGGGCUCCUGCUGCCAGAAAAACAAAUUCCCCAAAUUCGGGGGAUGAGAAGUCCCCCUGGGAAGCAAUAGAGCCUCCAGCCAGCCCCACCCUGCUCUACAUUGGACACAGAUGGAGAGUGAGGAAGAACCGGUUCCAGUGGAAAGUUGGAGCUGAAGUGGAGACGGGAGAAGCUGGGGAAGUCCGAACAGCAUCGUACGUGGCAUGGCCCUGGGUCUGCAGCUCCGAAGCUGGCUUUGGGCAGUCUUGUGCCUCCCCCUUCCUGUGGGGACUACGUUCCCAUGGCACACAGGAGAGCCCAUGGACAGUGCUGGUGUGGGCAGUGUUCCCCUGGAGCCAGAGCACCCGGACGUGAUGUUUGAGUUCCUGUGGACAGGGCUGGAGCUGGACAGCACGGGGCAGUUCCACCUUCAGGAUGAGGAGCUGGCAUCAACUCGCCCCGGCCGACGGCUCACCCUCUUCCUCCGGGAUUGGGUCCCCAGCACGUUGGCCGGAACUGAGCAGCAGCUGGGGCAGUGGCACCAGGCAGCUCCCCUGAGCCCCGUGCACUUCCAGCAGCUGCUGCUCACCAGUCUGACCUGUGUCUAUCGUCUCCAUGCAGCGCUGGAGGGAGAGGAGAGGGGUCGAUGGGCUGAGCUCUUCUCCCUUUUGGGACAGGAAGUAGUCCAAGACCUGUGCAAAGACCACUGCCCCCAGGGCCAGACCCCCCUGCUGAAUCCUUGGGUCCCCAAGGACCCAUCUCAACAACGCCCCAGCCCCUGAGCCCCGCCUGGGGCAGUGGGCAUCCCCUCCACCUGGAAGACCCAUCCCUGCCCCCCCCCACUCCUGCUCUUGCCCCUUUUUCAGACCGGUGGUCCCCAGGAAGCACAGGGCAAGUCACUUAGGCAGUUUCCCCACCUGUGUGUGUGUGUGGGGGGUAUCUAUGGGGAGGGGAUACAGAAAUGAGAUUAUCAGUCCUGAGAACAAUUUCAGAGACAGGACAAGGAGACGUGGAGGUGAUCAGACCUAGAGAUGCAGAGGGACCAUCUGUCCAGCCUGGGCAGCCCCCUCACAGUGCCUGGCACAUAGUAGGCACCUAAGAAAUCCUUAUCGACUUGACUGACUGUGAGAAUUGUGGAGUCAUCGGGAAUCCUCCAAGCACCUUCUGACUGACUAGCAAGGCUGAGGAUAGAAAAAGAAUUUUCCAAUUUUCUCCAACCCUAAACUUGACCUGGACUUUGAAAUGACAAUUUGAACCAUAAUCCCAAUUCCUGAUCCCCUAGCUUCCUGACAAAUCUUUCAGCAAUGGAAUCGAGUGAAGGAGGUGUGGAGAAAGGAGCCAGGAAGCUUGCCAAAAGUCAUUGAGAUCUGAUAUGGGAACAAUGUUGGGGGUGGGGGAGGAGGGGAGUGCACGCUAUUCCCAUCUUAACUACACAAUUCUGCCUUCUUGGAAGAGUGAGUGCAGGCACUAGCAAACAAAGGCGAUCUCUUCUUGUGGGCCAGCUGGUUAUUGCAGAGUCCAGGGGAAGCUCCCAGAGGCUGGAAUGGGGGUCUACGUUUUCCCCACCCUUUGCUAAGGAGGUGGGAACCAAGCUGUGAUGGUGGUGGGGAAGGAGGUACCCGGCCUGAUCCUUCUUUUGAGUUGGGUCCAGAAGUGUCGUAAGGAAUGGAAUCUGGGCUGCUGAGACAUCCAAGCCUCCCAGCCCCUCCCUCACCCCCCCGCCCCCCGUCUGUCCCACAGUCUCCCCGUGUGUCCGGGUCAAUCUUGCCCUACAAUUCUCUGCACAUCUGGUGACAUUUUGCCCUGGACGUGGGUGACAUCCUUUCUUCCUCUGUUCCUUCCUAGCACCAAUUCAUCCCUAUCAGAGCAGGUGUCUUGUUCUCAGCAUCGGACCAUGGAGAAACUCACAUUCUCCCACCUCCUAUAAACCACUCUCUUCAAUGCCAUGAGAAGGAAGCAGGGUUGGGGGAGCUAUGAUAGAAGAAAGUCCAACAUCGACUUAGCCAGAGGGCUCUAAUAAAAUGGGCACAUGGAAGGAAGGUUGGGCCAAAGGCAGGAUGAGGUUAGCUAGAGGUGUUCACUGAGGAGUGUGUCUGACGGAGGAGAAGAGUCUGGAUGAAGAGGGUGGUCAGAUGGGGAAUCCAGGGAUGGCAGGAGCAUCCCACUGGGGAGGGGCAUCAUCCGGUAGGGUCAGGCCUAGGCCACCUAAAUGGGGGGUUAAAACCUUCAAAGUCAGCUCGGAUGGGAAGGGAAGUUAGGACACAGGGCUGGGUCCCAAUGAGUAUCUCUACCCACUGCCUUUUUUGCUUUUCUUCACCUGGGGUUAAGUGACUUGCCCAGGGUCACCCAGCUAGUGUCUGAGGCCCGAUUUGAACUCAGGUCCCCCUGACUCCAGGGCUCUAUUGACUGUGCUGCCUAGCUGCCCCCACAGCAAGCAUCUCUUCCUUUUGGCCCAUAACAUGAGCAGAAUCUCCAUCCCCUUUUCAUUCUCUAGCAUCUGGCAUCAUUCCUGUUA